AUGCCUAAGAACCCAAAGUUUGAGUAUGAUGCAAAGCAGCCUGCAUUUCUGCAGAAGCUCCGGGGCCAGUAUGGAGACAGCACUGGUCGCUUGGAGCGGCCAGCCUUACGACCGACCAGACUCAAGGUCAAUAAUGACGACGACGAUGACGAGCCUACCUACCUCGACGAAGAGAGUAACGAAGUGAUUUCCAAGGAGGAAUACAAGGCAUUGGUUGGUGAAAGUGGUCCGAAAGGAGAGGACGAGGCCGGCGACUCAGCGAAGGACAAAUCCACUGGCGAUCAAGACAAAUCCCAAACAGAAGUUUCUACCAACAAACAGAACAACCUCACUGAGGUUGGAGGUCAGAGGAAACGGAAAAAGGCCAAAGUGGUGGGUGAGGACAAUGCCGAAGCCGAAGAAGUCCUUCCCAAGGCAACUUCGAAGAAAUCCAAGAAACCCAAGAAGAUCAAGCUCUCGUUCGACGAGGAAUGA